AUGACAAAGAUCGACCUGUCCUCGUUCGAGCGAGCCAACGAAGCAAUCUCUUACCUCAGAACCAAGUUGCCAGAGACCCUGCAAAAGCCUCAAGUUGCAAUUGUGUGUGGCUCAGGACUAGGAGGGCUUGCAGAUACUAUUCAACCCGAGACACGGAUUGAAUUUGACUACGCAUCCAUCCCCCAUUUUCCUCGUUCAACAGUCGUUGGUCAUGCUGGAAAGCUGGUUUUUGGGCUUCUCGGCCAGAAAAUCCCGGCAGUGUUGAUGGUUGGCCGUGCUCAUUACUACGAGGGGCACUCGAUCGACCAGGUGACAUUCCCAAUUCGAGUGUUCAAGCAACUGCAAGUGAAUACUGUUGUCUUGACCAAUGCGGCCGGAGGGUUGAAUUCUCUGUAUGAUGUGGGAGACAUCGUUCUAUUGAAUGACGUAGGAAAUAUUCCUAUCAAAGCCAUCGAGCCGAUUUAUUCUUCUAACACCGAUCUACAGCAUCUCUUCCUCGCAGGUUUGGCAGGAACUCACCCAUUGAGAGGAGCCAAUGAAGAUGAAUUUGGAGUGCGAUUCCCACCCCUGUCUGAUGCCUAUGACCUUGAGCUUCGUCGCCAUGUGCAUCAGUCCUGGAAGAAAGUCACAUCACCAGAAAGCAAGAGACAGCUGCACGAGGGUGUAUAUGCAUUUUGCGGAGGCCCCACCUACGAGACUAGAGCCGAAAGCCGGAUGCUUCGAAUGCUUGGCGCCGAUGUGGUUGGAAUGUCCACAGUACCGGAAAUUGUCACCGCCAGACAUUGCGGCUUGCGAGUGCUUGCAUUCAGUUUGGUCACUAACAAGGCCGUGUUGUCUCCUGUGCCUCGCGGAGAUGACGAUUUACUUCAGAAUAAAGCAGCAGGUGAACUCAGCGCUCUCCUAGAAGAGGGCAUGGCAGGGCACGAAGAGGUUCUUGAAGCUGGCCGCGCGGCAGCCAUUGACAUGCAGAAACUGGUUGUCGAAACCCUUAUGGAUGUCUUUGGUAGCGUUUAA